UAAAAGCAUCGCCAAAUUAAAGAGACAAAUAGAAGCAUCUAUCAAUUAAUCUUGCCAAAGAGGAUAUGUUGGCUGUAAUGAGAGAUCAUAUUCAUGGCGAAUUCACCACCUUCAUCAAGGUCUGGAUAUUAGCCCUUAUGUCUCUAUCUUACUGCUAUUUUGCCGCCAAAAUUCUCCCCAGAGGCGGCGCCCGCCUGUCUGCAUUCCUUCCGGUCGCCGGAUUCUUCCUCCUCGCGCCAUUACAGCUCCAAUCCAUCUUCUUGCUGCUCAACCUCAGCUUCCUUCUUUCCUGGCUCGCCACUUUCAGACUCUUCAUGUUAGCCUUCGACAAUGGCCCUUUGUCCGAUCCCUCGCUUUCCCUACCAAAAUUUCUAGCCGUUGCUUGCCUUCCGAUCAAGCUUAAAUCUCAAGAAGGCGACACGCGCCACUGCGAAAAGAGGCCUAAGUCAUUAUCCAACUAUGCCGUUAAGGUUGUCGUGUUGGCAAUGGUGGUCGUGACCUGUCGUUAUUAUGCCGAUCAUCGUCGUAUGUAUCCUGAGGUUGUUCUAAAUAUGUACGGUCUCUGUAUUUACCUGUCCUUGGAGAUUAUACUGGCUGCCGUUGCCGCAGCCGCCACUCGAAGCAUGGCGGGGAUGGAGAUGGAGCCGCAGUUCGACGAGCCUUAUUUGUCGACUUCGAUGCAGGACUUUUGGGGGCGGCGGUGGAACCUCACGGUGAGCCGGAUAUUUCAUUCGGCGGUUUAUGUUCCAAUGCGGGACUUGUCGGCGGCGGUAAUUGGGCGGAGAUGGGCGGCGCAGCCGGCGGUGAUGGUGACGUUUGCAGUGUCGGGGUUGAUGCACGAGCUCACGUUCUUUCACUUUGGGUGCGCGAUGCCGACGAGGGAGGUCACUUGGUUCUUUCUAUUGCAUGGUGCAUCUGUGGCGAUUGAGAUAGCUGUUAAAAAGGAAGUGAAGUUUGUGCGGGGGUGGCGGCUGACGAGAGUUGCCGGCGUCGUGUUGACACAUGGGUUUAUGUUAGCCACGUCGUUGCGGUUUAUGCACCCACAGUUCUUGUGGUGCAAGGAGCAUAGAACAUUCAGUGCCGGGAAAAGACUUCAAGUUUUGUUAAUGAAUUACAUCUCCUAAAAAAAAUCGGCUACGUUUCAAUUUUGUUUAACAUAUGAUUAGUAUAAUUUGUAAAUUAUUAAAUUCCAUUAAAAAUUUACCUCCAUCACACUUGUUGAAUAGUGAUUGUGGUU